UAUAUAUUAAUUGUUCGAAAACUUUUCGAAAGUGUUUUUCCCACUAAGACUGAAUAGCUUGGUGAUAUGAAGGCUUAACAAACAUGCUGCACUUGUUUAAAGUUGAAAAUGAUAACAUAAUAUUCCAAAGAGAUAACAAAAAAUAUACUCAUUACGAAUGCUAAAUAUGCGAGGAUUUUCUUUUUAUAAAAUUGAAUAAUUUCUUUAAAUCAAUUUGCCACAUUAAUGUGACGGAUAAUUAAUAAAUGUGUUUUGGUGACAAAAGCUAUGUGCUGUUGAGAUCUUAAAUAACAUUUUGUUGUUUUGUUAACAACAACAACAACUACUACUACAACAACAACAUCAACAGCAACAGCAGCAAGAUCAACAAAGAAAUACGAAACAAGUAUGGAGUGUCCAAUAUGUUUGGACAGAUUUACAAGACCAAGGGCGUUACCAUGUCAACACACGCUUUGCUACGAAUGUUUGAACCAGCUCAUUCAAGGUGACAGAAGAGUGACAUGCCCAGAAUGCCGCGCUAUGCAUGAUGUUCCAAGCGGCGGAUUUCCUCCAAACGUCGCUAUUCAAAGACUUCUAGAUGCUGACCAACCACCGAAUGUUCCACAGAGCAACCCUUCUGUACGUGUUUCGACGGUGCCGACAACACGACCUAUCAGUUCGCGGAUAAUUACUAUUGACCAAGAUGUUGUGCUUCAACACAUUGCAGCAGAAAGGCAAUUCUAUCAGGAUAUAUCUCCUACCCCAGAAAUGCCUGGUAAUUUGCAAUCCAACCGCCCGGAAUACGUUCCAAGCGAAGGGGGGUGCUCAAUUCAGUGUGUCAAAAAUAACAUUGUUUUAAUUUCAGAACGAAUACGUUUUUCAAUUCGACGACUUCUUGAGAAGUUCUUUCGUGAUCACUACCAAGAGAAUACAACUCGUGUGAUUACCAGCGUAGUGUUUCUUGUCGUAACGUUUUCCAGAUUCAUUGCAAGUUCGGUGAAACUAGCCUCCAGCUGUGAUAAAGAACAGGACGUUGCCGUCUACUUGUUUGUGAAAAGCAUUCUCGGGUUUCUGUUUUGGAUUGCAAUUCUGGUUCUUGGUUACAAAGGGGAGAUUACAAACGCAAUCAAGAAUCCAUGUUUUGAAAUUUACAGCAUUUUGAAUGCGUUGUUUUCGUUCAUCUGGCUUAUAGUUGGCAGCGCUUGGUGCUUCGGAAACUACACAGAAAUCAAAGAAUAUUGCCCUCUGCUAGAAUACAACUGGAACUAUCAUUUCAUCAAUUUUGCAUUGUUUUUGACUGCAGUCGACUGGAUUAUCCUAGCGUGUUUUCUAUUUUACGCAUUGUACACGUUGUGUGACGACCCUCAAACCGAGAUAAGUUGAGCGUGAGCUCGAAAAUAAGUCACGAAUGACAGUAGAUCUGGAUAGCUUACUUUUCGUUUUGUUGUUUUUGCAACCGUUAAUUCGAUUGUAUUUGAUAGAAUUCUAUAUUUGGAACAAGUUUAUAUAAAAUGUUCAGUUUAUUUUGCGUACCUAGGUUUGUUUGUUCACGAGUCUUUCAAAAUUGUACGUCACCGGGUCUGUAUAUUCAGAUAGCUAUAAGAUAUCCUUAACAAAUGUUUUUGGAAAAAACACGCUUAUUUAUUUGCUUUCUUAGUAAGAUGUAAAUUGAUGUUGUUUUGUAGACUCCUCUAUUCAUCUGUACACAGCGUAAU